UGCGCUGAGGCUCCGGUUUUCUCGCGGCGCAAUAAACAUUAAUGAGGAGCAGGGAGGCGACUCAGCGUGUAGUUUGAACAUGGAGGAGAAAGAGGAGGUCGUCGUGGUCAAACGGACCAGUUCGGAGCAGAGGAAGCUCCGCUCUCGUGAUGCCGCCAGAUGCAGGCGGAGUCAGGAGACGGAGGUGUUUUACGAGCUCGCCUGCACUCUUCCGCUCCCCCGUCGAGUCUCCACACACCUGGACAAGUCUGCCAUCAUGAGAGUGGCCCUCAGCUUCCUGCGGAUGCGCCGCCUCGUCCGACCCGCAGGUGAGAAUCAGGAAGAGGACUCUGAGGAGGAAGAUCCGAUGGACACUUUUUAUCCUCAGGCUCUGGCUGGUUUCAUCAUGGUGAUGACUGAAGAGGGAGACGUGAUCUACCUGACGGAGAACGUGAGCAAACACAUCGGCAUGACGCAGCUGGAGCUGCUGGGCCAGAGCGUUUAUGACUUUGUUCAUCCGUGUGAUCAGGAGGAGCUCAGAGACCUGCUGACUCCACGUCCAGGUUUGAGUAAGAAAGCGUUGCAAGAACGGCCGAGCGAGAGGAACUUCUUCCUGCGAAUGAAGAGCACUCUGACCAGCAGGGGGCGCACUGUCAACAUCAAGUCCGCUACGUGGAAGGUUCUGCACUGUACAGGUCACAUGCGACCUUUCUGCUUCACGUCGCCCCCUGCAGCCAGAGUGAUGACACUGCUGUGUGAGCCCGUCCCUCACCCCUCCAGCGUGGAGUUCCCUCUGGACUCCAGCACCUUUCUCACCCGCCACAGCAUGGACCUGCGCUUCACACACUGCGAGGGCAGGGUGACAGAGUUGGUGGGAUACAAACCUGACGAUCUGAUUGGCCGCUCGGCCUACGAGUUUCAUCACACGCUCGACUCUGAUCACGUCAACAAGAGCCUGCACACACUGCUGUCCAAAGGUCAGGUGAGCACCAGCCACUAUCGUUUCCUGGCCAACAGCGGCGGCUUCGUCUGGGCAGAGACCCAGGCGACCGUCCUCUACAGCAGCAAGACGUCGCAGCCCGAAGCCGUCGUCUGCCUCAACUUCAUCCUCAGUGCCGUGGAGCAGCCAGACGUUGUUUUCUCCGUCGAGCAGAUCCGCUGUGCACAGGCUGAUCCACCAAAGGAUUGUGGGACGUCUGACAUGUGCGACUCCGACUCCGACAGUGAGCAUCUGGCCAGCUCGAGUCAGACUGAGGACGCGGGUUUGAAUCCCGGCGGCGCCGCAGAGCUCUUCUUCAAACUGAAGGAGAAGCCGGAGGAGCUUCUCCAGCUUGCUCCCGAGGCCGGAGACGUCAUCGUGCCGCUGACAGAUUUUGCUGAGCUGUCGUUCUUCAGUCCGUCCGGUUCAGACUCGGUGCCGGACUACCCUCAGGAUCUGUGCACCCCUCAGCUGAGGCAGCUCCUCUCACCCAUCUUCAACCCCAUCACCCCACCUUCGUCAUCUUCCUCACCGCCACCGGCCUCCUCACCUGAUCCGAACUCCUGCAAGGAGAAGGAGGAGGAGGAGGAGGAAGAGGAGGUGAUGGACACCAGCGAGGUGGAGAAGUUCUUUGCCGUUUGGCCAGAAGACGGUCAGAAGAAAAGAGGAACACUGGAGGACACAGAGGGGAUGGAUCUGGAGAUGCUGGCUCCUUACAUCUCCAUGGACGAUGACUUCCAGCUGACCUUCCUCAGCAGUUUGCCAGAAGAAGCCGACAAACCUUCGUCCGAAGCGCCAGCUGUGACACCUGCGCUCACAGUGAGCAGGAAACGGACUCAUAACCCAGACGAGGAGACGUCGUCCCAGCUGAUGUUUCAGGACAAGAGACAGAAACAAGAUGCUUCCUCAGUAGAAGAGGAACUUCUUCUCAGCCACAGAUUACUGGGUUGUCUGGACGAAGCCGACCAAUCAGAUGUGGUCCUGGGUCCGGGAGCGAGAGGGCAGAGUCGGCUGCUCACAGACAGAGACCCGCUGUUAGGAGGCAUACAGGGACUCUGUGAUACUUCAGCUCUGAUCAGGGACGUUUUCACAUUUCGCCCACCUGACCUGUCGCCGCCUCUCUCUCCUUUGACCUGACGGACAUCUUUCCGGUCGAGAGUUGGCUCGACUUCUGCCGGAGUCGUAGCCGGAUCCGUCUGAAAGCACAGCAGCCUGAGCACAGGCGCACGCACACACCGCACACACGCCAACAUGAACUGACGUUGCCAUGACGUGAGGCCGCACGUGACCUCGCUGCUUGUAGCUCAACCAGGACGUCACUGUGUGGGGGUGUUGGGUGACGUGUUGUAAGGCAGGUGGGAGGUGCUGUCUUUCCUUAACCAAUCGCUGCCUUCGCUCUUCUUCCACAUUUACACUUCAUCCCUGAGUUAAAAUGAGAAACCGUCGUCGUGGGCGACCUGCUUCCUGGUGCUGAAGUUUAUAUGCAGAACGUUUCUCUGAGCAGCUGAACUGAGCUUACAUAGCUAUACACAUAAUCUGUUUCAGUGCGUCUAUCGUCAUUUAAACGUGUAGGAACUCCCAUCAUGCUCUGCUUUGACCUUGAGCCAACAGCUGUUUCCUGCUGCUGCUCAAUUUUUCUGCGUUGGUCCAAAUUACACCAACAAACAAGCUAGCGAGACAUCAGUGGCGACGUUUCUUUCAGUGGCAUCUUUUUACACCUUUUUAUACCUUCGUGCUAAACCUUUAUAAAGAGAGCAUUUAUCAGAAACAUGAACUCUGAGCUUUUAUUACUGUGUUAUCAAAAACCCUGAAUCAACAAUCAGCUGGUUUGUUUUAAUGUUCCUGAGGUGCCAGGCGGGCGGGGUUAAUCAAACACUCCCUGUGAGCUAACAUGAGACGAUCAAUCACAGCAAAGCUUUGUAAACUGACUCUCAGACACAUGAACGGGAUUUUAAACAUAAUCUGCCAUUAAUGAGACAGUCAGCUUGUUUAGAUAUUGACAGUAGUAGCAGUAGUAGUAGUGAAAUGUAUUUAAACUCUAGUAUUCUUGCUUUUGUCCUAUUUCAGUUUGAACUUGUAGUUGUUGGUCAGCGUAUACGAGCUGAGAGUUGACUUGUAUUGUUCAGUUGCAGUGAUGUUUCUUCUGUUUGCCUGUUUGAACGACACAAACUGUCCUCAUUCAGUGUAAAAACACGUUGACUCUGUGCCUUUAAUCGGUCGUUUCAUUGAAGGUUUGAUUUGUGACAGACUCACAGGAUCUGCGGGAGGAAACGAUGCUUUCUGUUGUUUUUGCUGUUUAUCUGAAUAAAGCUGUUGAAGCAGGA